AUGAUAUGGAUAUUAGGCCCAAACGAACAACGAACGAUUAACCGAGAAGCUCUGGGGUUUUAUACUGCACUAGCCAUAGCUUCCGUGUACGAGAUUAAUAAUGAGAAUACGGACCUAAAGUCACCACUCUCCUUUGCUUCGCCUUUGCAGAAAUGCGUUCAGAAGUACCCAUUCCUAAGGGUGAUCGUCAAGGACAAGGAGACCGAAAAACCCAGUUAUCAUGGCCGUUUCAAAAUCAAUCUUCAAGACCAUAUCUCUAUCAUUCACAGCGAUGACGUUGGUGGUGGUAAAGAGAUGGCAGCCUUUGAAAGAAUUCUGCCCCCAAUCCUCGAUCGGCCGUGGCCAGCGAAUAUACCAGCCUGGAGAAUCCUUGUCCUACCUCUGGAACCCGCACGCAAUUCCAAAGUGACACGUUGUCUAAUAGUUUUCUCGUUUUCCCAUACUCUUGGAGAUGGGAUAGUCGGAGUGACCUUUCAUAAGACCUUUCUUCAAGCUUGGCGAGCAACUACAGCAGCGGAUAAUGAACAGGCUUUUAUGAUGAAUUUUCCAAUCGAAGAUCUACCACUUCCCUUUGACACACCAGAAAGGCUCCCUAUAUCAUGGAGUUUUCUCCUCGGACCCCUGGUGGCCGCGUGGUUGCCCAAAUUUCUGGCCAAUAUGCUUGGCCUACGGGCAAGUGCUAGCACCAUUGAUGAUGGCACUUGGACUGGCUCGCGCAUUUUCUUUGACCAAGCAUCCAAAACCGAUACCCAACUGAAGCUCUUUGAAAUUGAAGCUCCUCUGUUGCAGAAAGUUAUCCAGUCAUCACGGCAGCACGACGCCAAAUUCACUGCGACUUUACAUCAAAUGAUCCUUCGCGCUUUAAGCAAGGGAAUUCAAGACUCUAAAGUUACCAAUUUUGUGUCGGGCACAGCUGUGGAUAUGCGAGGCUCUAUUGGCACGCCCGGCCAUACCUGGGGCCUUUUUGUGUCUGGUCAUUAUGAAUUUCAUGUUCGUCCAACCAACGAAAAGCUACCUGCCUUACCAAGUGAUAUGUGGGCAGCUGCGAGUGUAAUGACCAAAGCCCUCGCUGGCUGUGGCUCCAGGUUACAAGACCAAGCGGUCGGAUUGCUACGGUAUGCCCCCAGUAUUAUGAGCUGGACAAAAAGUAAGAUCGGACAGAUACGGGAUUGUUCGUACGAACUCAGCAAUUUGCUUAGUUUUCGUGACGUGGACGCAGGUACAAGCGAGAGCAUCAAUAUCAGCAAGAUGAUAUUUUCACAGCCUGGAAAUAACACGAGUGGACCGCUUGUAUUCAACAUCAUCAGUGUCCAGGGUGGUAACUUGGUCUGCGCAGUAAGCUGGCAGCAUGGUGCUUUGGGUUUGCCUAUAGAGGAAGAAUUCCCUCUGGUCGAUGCUAUAUGCGCUUCUAUUCGAUCGGACUUUGAGUCUCUGGGAGUGCAAUGA